GGGUACUGUAAUUCAAUUUGUACACAUCCAAAUUCAUACACGUGUACAUGCCAUUUUUGUCUAUGAAUAAACAAUUUUUUUCAUUUUUUGAUUUUAAUUGUUUGCACCGCAAACAAUUAGGAGUAUUUGUGUGGGAAUAUAGAAAAUUUUUACUUGUGUAGGAAGCACCAGAUUUCCAAAUUACACCAUAAACAGAUUAGGAAACAAUGGGCACCGAAGUUUUUUAUUACCUUUAUAUAUUAACCCUAUUGGUUUUACUCGUAAAGAAUUACCGCGAGUUUCUUUCUUCCUUGCAUCAAAACUUGAUUUACAGAGACUGAAUCAAUGGCGUCUUUUCCGAUCGAGCUCGUUGACGGCCUGAACGUGCGACUGUUCACGUGGACAGAGAAUAUACUGUUAGACCGCUUUUCCAAAUGCGGCCUUCUCCUCUUCCGAAUGAAGCGGUCCGUCUCCCGAAGAACCUCUGCCGUUUUCGAGGAAUCCGACGUCCAGCUCUUCGAUCUGGUCUCCCACUCGCAGUACCUCCCGGAGAUGAUCAACGGCGCCGCAAUCCUCACCGGAUUCUUCCUGCCGCAAACCACUCCGUUCCUGGCGGCGGCCGUUUCGGAUUGCUUGAGGGGCAAGUUCAAUGUCUGCGAGGACACCCUGCUCUGUCUCGGGAAAUCCCGGGUCGUCGUCGUCAUUGACGUGGAGACGAAGAGGCUCGGGCAGGAAAAGGGGUAUCGGAUCUCGACCCGACACGCCCGUUUGUACGAGGAACUGUGUGAGUACGACGAGGAAGAGGAGGAAGAAGAAGACGGAGAAAGCAGGGGAGUGAUGAUCACUGUGAGAGAAAUGGAUUGUGACGAGGAGAUGUCGGAAUUGGAUUCCGACGAGGACGAGAAGAGUUUCGUGUUGGAAUUGGAUUCCGACGAGGAUGAAAAGAGUUUCGUGUCGGAAUUGGAUUCCGACGAGGAUGAGAAGAGUUUCUUGUUGGACGUGUUUGGGGAUCACUAUGAUGAAGAUUACGAGAAUAUUAUAUGUUCGAUCAUGACUUCUUUGAGCAAGACGCCGGAUUUUCUCCGGCAAGGCGGCGGCCUUAUCUGCGAUGAGUUUCAAGAAUUCAAGGAAGUGGUUGGUGGACUGAAGUUAUAUGAUUAGAGCUGCUGAAUGCUUAUCGGUCGUGUAAUUGUAUUAUUCUUUCAUUCAAUUGCCGGCAGUUCUUGCCGGCCGGGAACUAUUGAGAUUUGAACUUUCAAAUUUGAGUAUUGAAUUUAGAUAUUUGGUUGUUUGUAUGUGUA